AUGGACCUCACUCCCAUCCUCGUACGCGGCAAGAAACGCAAACACCUACAUCCAGCCCUCGUACAGCACUUUGCUGCUGCAUCCGCCUCUCCACCAAAACGCACCCGGAAACCAAAGGCCAAAAGGAAGACCAGAGCCAUUGCGCCCGCCAUGCCGACGCUAGAGGGUCUUCCUGUCGAGCUGCUCGAGAUGAUCUUCUUGCACAGCAUGAACAUGGCACUGCCACGGUGCUCGCAUUCUCUAGGCAAGAAACUAUCGUCACGCGCUAUUACUAUGGAAUUCACCAUGCGAUCUUUCUUCCACACGGUAGAUCACCGUACAAAUUACCGGGACCGUACCGUCACCAGUGACGCUGCUCUGCAAUCCGACAUCAUGUCUUGCCGCUUCUUCACAUACGACUUUUUCUUGGCUUAUGUGCGGCGUGCGCAUAACGCCAUGAUCAAGUUGCGCGGCAAGGCAUGGGCAGCCACUGGAGUCGCCAUUCCAGAUGCGUCCCUCUUUGACGGGCUGUGGCCCUACAGGUUUACCAAGAUUCCGUUUCUGGCUUUUGCAGAAGGCUUCUGCAUUCCGGAGAAGCUGCUGCAUGGUCCUUGGACAGAAGACAAGGCAUCUUUGCUCUAUGUCUUGGUCAGCUUGAACGGUCAGAUCGAUUGGGAGGGCAGUAUGGCGGGGGAGAUGGCCAAGACGGGUAUCAAGGAGGCCAUCAGUGAGAACAACGAGUAUGCGGUUGCAGCAUUGGCAGUACUCUUGGGCGUGCCAAAAGGCAUUGCCACGGAGCAUCUGCAGUAUGCCGUCAUAAACUGCGGCUGCAACAUCAACAUCCUCCGGCACUUGCUGUUCAAUGCCCAAAUCCUCGCGGGGGAGGCUUCAAGCACCCUCAACUUUUACGACCCGGCUCUCUGGGCAUGGGCCGACGUCAAUGGCCACAAGGGAGAGAUACUCAAGGACAUGCUCAAGAAAGCAGACGCCUUUGAUCUGGAAUUCUACUUUGAGGACAAUGCCGACUGGAGCAAGAUUGUAUCAUUUCCGUACGGUGGAAGUAAGUUUGACGCAAGAGCAGCAUUCCAUCCAGUUGUAAGGGAGUUGUUGAUGAAUUUCACAACCGACGAAAUGGGUGACGCCGAAAUCACAACGAGCGCCUGGAGGCUGGUCGAGGUCGGCCGUGUGGUCCUCUUCAACGAGGGCCAGUACGAGGGUCGCCUGGCUACCAUUGUCGAGAUCAUUGACCACAAGCGUGUUCUCGUCGAUGGUCCUUCCGAGAAGGCCCCCGUCCCCCGCCAGGAGAUCGCUCUUGCCAAACUCUCCCUCACACCCAUCGUCAUCCCCAAGCUUCCCCGUUCCAGCGGUGUCGGUCACGUCGCAAAGAAGUGGGAGGAGCACAAGGUCCAGCAGAAGUUCGACGAGAGCUCAUGGGCAAAGAAGCGUGCGGCCAUCCAGAAGAGGCGGGGACUGAACGACUUUGAGCGCUUCAAGGUCAUGAAGAUGAGGAAGCAGGCCCGCUUCGAGGUCCAGAAGACCUUUGCCAAGAUCCGCGCCAGCGCAAAGGCAUAGGCAUUCUAGAUGCUGUCGGGAGACAGGCGUUGUGGUGGUCGCUGCAUGCAGGUGACGGAGAGGCAUGACGUGCAUUUUCAUGAGCAUUCCGAAGGCGACCCUCAAAGGCAUUCAAAAAUUCAAGACCUGGUUUCGGGUGAAUAAGUCCAAUGUUUGGCAUGGUGCAAUUCGGUAUGGGAAAGGUUUACUCGGCUCUCGCAUGCAUUCUACAUGUAGCAAGAGAGUCCAAUCCACAAUUUUCAUGAACACACAAAAGACUGCAACUAGAAUUGCCAAUUUGAUACCCUC